UUACUUUAACCUCUAGUAAAAAACUUGUUUCGAUAGAAAAAGAGAAUAAGGCAAAAAAGAAAUCAACAACCAUCAAGAAACCCAUCAAAUCAAAGGAACUUUCUCGAAGCCGACAAGCAUCAAUUGAAAGGAUGAAAGGUCAGAGAAAGAUAGAUCAGAUGCUUCAAGAGUUAAAUUCUAAAUUGAUGAAACAACGGGCAAUGCUUGGUCGUGUUAAAGAAAUGAUUGAUUCAAUAUCAUUUAUGUUUGAAGUUUCUGGUAAGAAUGUCAUGUAUCUAGGAGAGCUUGUUACAAAACUUAAAGAAAGUACAAGUAGUCCAUUAGAAGUAAUGGAACAUAUUGAACUAUUAGCAGAAGUUGCUCCUGAUUGGUUUAAGGUUACUUUAGCCAGAGAUUCCAAGAAAGUUGUCACUAUUGAUGGAUCUUAUCAAUUGAAAA